UCCAACAUGGCGGACACGGAAAACACAAACAUGGACUCCAGUAAGAGUAAAGCUUCUCCGAAUGCGCUUAAACGACGCGUCGAAGAAGAUUGUCAGAGAAAAGACCAACAUAAAGACGAGAAAGACGCACCCGAAAGCUGCACCACCGCGGAUUACUGCGAGAAGUUGCAGGCGUGGAUGUGUCAGUACUCCACUGGCUAUGUGACUUGGCAGAGCUGGCUGGCGGCGUCGGCAGCCAUGUCCUAUCCGUCUGCUUUUCAAUCGGUCAACGGAACGUCGACGACACGUCUCGAGUCCAACGCACAGUACUUCGGUGCCCCUUUGUCGCCCAACGCGCCUGCCUCGGGCUCCCAGAGUAGCCGGCAAGGUGAGGCCGCGGGCGGGGCUGCGGUGCCGACUCGGCCGCAGCAGCAGCUGCCACAGGAGAAUGGAAAUGCACGGAGGCCAGGUCGAGAGUACACAAUCCCCUCACCUCUCCAAAGACUCCUGGCUGAAAUUGUGGAUUUCUUCAUACUGUUUUUCAUUAAAGCGGCCAUUAUUAUCAGUAUUAUGCACCUGAGUGGAAUCAAGGAUGUGUCCAAGUUUGCCAUGCAUUUUAUCGUGGAUGAAAUAGAUGAGGAAACGUCGAUGGAGGAGCUGCAGAAAAUGAUGCUGGUUGCUCUUGUGUACCCGAUAUUCGUCUGUUUUUACGAGAUUGUAUGUAUUUGGGGGGCAGGUGGAGCCACCCCAGGAAAAUUCAUUAUUGGACUUCGAGUUGUGACCUGCGACUCAUCGGUUCUGGUUCAGCCCAACCGGGUCCUCGUGGUGCCGGCAACUGAUGUGUCGCUGUCUGCAUCAACUGUACGAGCCCUCAGCAAGAACUUUUCAAUCGCGUUCUUCUUCCCAGCUUUUGUCACGCUUCUGUUCUUCCAGCACAACAGGACUGUGUACGACAUGGUCGCUGGCACCAUUGUUGUCAGGCGCUCCAGGGUCAGAUGACCCAGAUGUGCAGCACCACCGCUUGCAAAGCACACCGCAUAAAGUGUUGGAAACUAAAUCUGUGGAGGACUCAACUCUGGUCAAUGUGCACCAGGGCUCCAUUAAUGAGGACAGAGAGGUUCUUAUGGAUCGGUGUGCCACAACCUGUGUUUGGUUCGUGUCUGACCCAACAGCUGCAUGGGUAUCUGUGCCAAGUUCACGUCUCUUAAAAUAUGUGGGGGGAAUGACAUCUGCUCUUUUCAUAAACACAUUUGCCUCUUUUUCAAUAAUAUUUCAGAUCAGGGUUGAUUUUGUUUGUUCACGCUAUAUUUAAGUUACUAAGCCACGUAUUUAUAAGAUGAUAGCCCCAGUAUGUUUUUGUGUAUUAACUAGUUUGAAACGUUGGGCCUUUGGGACUAUGCUCAGUGUUUCAGGUGCUCAUGUAGGCUACUGUUGUUUCCUCAGCUUGGCAUGUUGUGGUUAUCCACAUGAUCUUACUAGGAUAUUGUAUGAAAAGUUAAACACCCUAUUGUGGUUGAAUUGGACUAAAGUGGAGUCUCUAAGGUUGUACACAAUCUAUACCAGAAAUCAAGUGACUGUAUAUAAUAAUUUUUUUUUCAGAUUUGGAACAGAUUUCCCUUUAACUAUUGGAAAUAGAAACGAUUUCUACGACGGCUAAACUAUCGUUCCAUAAAAUCGUUAGAAAUGGUACAGGCAAUAGUCUAAGCUACAGUUUAAGAUUCUUAAAUAGAAAAAGUUAACCCCUCUUUAUUAAAAAAAUUUAAAAACAAAGUGAGUCUUUAAUGACAAAGAAAGGUGUAGUAUGCGGAUUUAAACUUUCUUAACUGUAAAAAUAAGUUAACCAUUGUUAAAAGAAAAAUUAAAACACUCCCUUAUAAUUUUAUUAAAUGAUGACAUAAAAGUGGUGGCACUGGAGUCUCACUACUUUGAAAGUAAGUAAUGGAAUAAGUAUCAUUUAAAAAAAAAGCCACUAAAAGAAAAGCUGAUGUUCGCAAAACGGAGCUCUUAAUGAGGUACACAGGUCAAGCUAGAAGUGUUGUAUCAAUAUUUUCCCUCUUAUCUUCUAAUUGCCUGACCUCAGGGACAUUCAGUUUAAGAGGUUACAACCAAGACCCCAGCAGUAUGAUUAUUAUAAUUUUUUUAAAUUUAGCUUUUGCACAAAAGAAAUCCCGCUAAUUUAACGAGAACAGGCUCAAAUACAGGGAAUACACAUUUGUGUACUGUUGUCCAAAUGACCACUAAGUAACUGCAUGAUUAACAUUUGCCAUUUUGUUGAAUGUGUGUAAUAAUUCUUUGGCUCAGUUGAUGCAAGAUAGAGUGCCACAAAAUGUUAUUUAACUGUUAUAUAAAGUAUAUAUAUAUUUUUUUUUAUCACAUUUGCCUUCUAUUCUGGCUACUUUGAUUUUAAAACAUUCUGACUAGCAGUUGGCUUACUUGUUUUUAUCAAAAAUAUUUGCUGAGAAAUGUAAGUCCUUUUUUCGUCUUUUACCCCUCAGUGCAAAAAUGCUCUAAAUUCUACUAACAAAUGAUUAAUUCAGAGCAAAUAAAGCUUAAAUGUUAUCACACAUCGAAUGCCCUCAUUUGAGAAGUACAAAAAAGUGUGAAAAUAAUGCUCUAUCCUAUCUUGUUUUUAUAAAAUAUGGAUAUUUAAUAAGUGACUGACCUUAAUAUGAGUAUUUACAGAAGAUUUCACAAAUUGUCUCUUGCUGUUUCAACUCUUAGCAAUUGCAGCACAGUAAUUGCAUUAUUGAGACCUCGACACCAAAAUGCACAUACAUAAUUUUUACUAUUAUAUAUUAUAUAACAUGAUGAGCCCUAUGAAACCUUUGUUGUCUUUGCUAUCAAACGUAGACUGUUAAAAGAUAAAAGUUGUUCUAAAAAAAGAUGACAUCUUUAUGAAUUCGGCGCCCCCUAGUGUACACUUACUUGUCAUUCACAUGCAUGAUGCAGUGCAGUUGUAUAGCUUGUGGCUCUCAUCCAGAGUGGGAAUGUGAGGGAAUUUUAUGAGAAAGGACCCACUCAUCGCUUCAAUGUAUGACGAACCUUUAUGUAAAACUAUCUCAUUGUGCUAUAAAUCUCUCCACGGGUUAACCAAGUGCCACCACUUUCCAUUAGCUACAGCAAUAAUUUAUAUAAACUGCUGUGGGAGUCGACCUUGUGUUUGUAAAUUAGAGUCAUAACUUCAUAACAGUUAUGAUACCAACAGUAGUUGGAUAAAUCCACAGAGUAGUGGAUGGCUAGAGUAAUCAUAUUUGUUUUUUUUCUUAAUCUAUCACCAAAGGUGUCAGAGGUAAAGUUGGGACCUUCUAAUGCAAUAUAAUACAUGCCACUAUGUACAAAGUCUUACGAAUUAAUUAAAGCGCUCUGUCUUUGCUUUCAAACUAGAAUCGAUAUCAGCCAUGUACAACCCCAAUUCAAUGAAGUUGGGACGUUGUGUUAAACAUAAAAACAGAAUACAAUGACUUGCAAAUCAUGUUCAACCUACAUUGAAUUGAAUACACUACAAAGACGACAUUUAAUGUUCAAACUGAUAAACUUGAUUGUUUUUAGCAAAUGAUCAUUAACUUAGAAUUUUAUGUCUGCAACAUGUUCCAAAAAAGCUGGGACAGGGUCACGUUUACUACCGUGUUACAUCACCUUUUCUUUUAACAACAUUCAAUAAAUGUUUGGGAACUGGGGACACUAAUCGU